GCCCUUGGAAAUACGACCACACUUAGACCAACAGUAUGGGUAUCCUCACUUUGAAGCGAAAGUGGUCGCGGAGUCUUCCUCUCCGCGACUCGGUGUCUACGAGCGGCCGCAAUCCAUCCAUUGCAACAGAACAACCGACGGCACACAAACAAGUUCAAUCUCAACCGCGAUCCAGCCCGAAAGCAUCGGUAUAUGAGCAUUCUCCACCUCACUCCGGAACGACUCUCCAUGACCCUGAUCAUGCCCCGUCUCGCGUCUCGAUCGAUAUCUCGAAUGAUGCCACACCAUCCGACACUUUGGUGCAUGUCAUGACCGUAGGCGACAGCGUAAUAACUGUCGAGACACAUCGAGCAGACGCCGAAGAAGCCGAGCAACCCAAAAAGACAAAGAAAAAGAGCUUCAGUCUCAGAAGGGUCAAGACAGCUCCAGGUGCUCUGCACCGUGGUGUCGCUCAUGGCUCCGUUACGACAAUCGAGUCCACGCCCUCUGGCAGUCGCCUGCGAGCCUGGUCGUAUCCGCAAGUCAACUGGAAAAGGCUCAACUUUGUACGCCGUGUCCGUCGUAGCGCCGAUCGCAAACACGCUCGCAAAGGCAAGGCUCCCUCUCGACAGAAUUCAGGUCGUCAGUCCCAUGCUGAUAGUGCAGCUUCUCCGACACAAACUCAGUCUCCGCUCAUGUCCGGAGCUGUUCAGGCCUCACCGCCGCGUUCGCAUAGGGCGUCGUAUGGGACUGACAUCUCUCCACGAGCUUCGGCUUGUUUGGGAAUCGAACCUCCUACUGCCGUACAUUUCGACAGCUCUCCUAGGAGGUCGUCUCCAAACUCAGAACACCCUAGUGGAGAGCACGUCGAACGCAAGGACUCACAUUUUCCUGAAGCCAAGCAAGCGAAAGACAAGGUUGCUCUUGACCUGGAAGCGGUGACCGUGCAGCUCACCUCUGACAAGCAAACACAAGGAAGUUCUUCCUUCCUGCUUCACCCUUUUGACUGGCUACGACAGCAUCACAACUCUGCGUUCCCUUCAUCAUCGUCAGACUCGUCGUCAUCUUCUAGCUCCAUGCCGCCUUCGCCUACGACGCGUCCUGCACGUCUGGCACGCCGAUCAAGAGAGACAUAUUCUUUCCACAGAUCAGAGGUCUACCCGACUAGGAAAGAAAAUAUCAAUCUACAAACAGCACUAGGCAAAUCCUCCAUGUGUUCCACACGCGAACAGCUCUACAUGGAGUCCGGUCCCAAGCUACCACCCGGUCUUGAAGUGCCUGAAGUAGGCCACGCCGGUCCAUCGGACUGGAUCCAUCGCGGCUGGGCUGAGCACUAUCGUCGAGAAGCUGAAGUAUCCAAUCGAGCUUGUCACCCAUUAGCUGCCGCACGCUUCCUACCCACCAAAGCCGAAGAAUUUAAACGCUAUUACAUGCCUCAGUCAAAGCAAGAGCCAUUUUACCCACAAGCUGGACCAUCGGCCUCGCAAAUGUAUGCAGGGACCUACACCCGGGCUUGGGACUUUGCGUUCGACACCAAGGGCAAGCGUAGACAGGAUACUUGUGUGACUACUGUCACGUUGGAUGAUUGUGAUUUCGAGAAGGAGUAG